AUGUCUUUCAAGUCUCUCAUUCUCCCAGCGCUCUUCGCUCUUGGCAAGGCAGCUGAUGAUGUCCAAUACGAAACUCGUACUGCUACCAUCACCCAAUGCUUCACUCGUGAUGGUCUAGCUCCCGCACCCGUUGUCACUGGUGCGAUGGCUACUGUUCACAAACCAGGUAUCACGGGAGGAGCCAUCAUCGUUGAAGUUGACGCUCCUAACUGCGAGUCCUGCGGUUGUCCUACUUGCGUCCAGACCGUUGCAUACACUACUUCCUUCCAGUGUUUCUGCGAUACUGGUCUUUGUGAUCAAGAGUAUGUCAUCACGGAAAGAUACAAGGGUAUGGAAGCCAAGCCGACCAUGGACUCGCAAUCUAUUCCGUUUGGAUUCACGUGUGAUGUUCAGACCUGUACUACCUGCGGUCCUGAGCCUGUCACUGCGACUAUCACGCACCCUGUGACCAAUCGUCCUUACGACAACAAUGUUGCUCACCCGACUGCCAUGCCCCCUGCUGGCAAGCCUAGCAAGGGUGACAAUCAUGACAACGGCUCCGACUACGACAGCGAGCCCUUGGAAGACGGCGACGGUUCCAAGCCUGACAGCGACUAUAAGUCUGAUAGCAACGACAAGCCUGAGAACAAACCUGGCUAUCCUGAUGAGCCUGCUCCUGCCAAGAAGCCCGAAGGAGAACCCAUGCCGGCUCCCAUGCCCAAGCCUAAUGAGAACGACGGAUUCCACUCAGCUGUCAAGCCAACCUCCACAGCUGAUGUGGACAACCCUUAUCCCGAUGCUGGAGGUGAACACCCUGUCGUUGUAUCGGGAGCUGCAGGCCGAGCCUUGGGAGUUGUUGGUGCAGGUGUUGCUGCUUUUGCUCUUCUGUUUUCCCUUUGA